AUGGUUCGUGAACAGCAGGGCCCGAGUAGAGUUUACUCUGGGCAGCAUCCCUCCCCCCAGAAGCGAGAGCAGCCUCGGGAGCCGCUCGCAAAGUGAGUUCUCUUGGGAAGUACUUGAUUCUCGGACCAUUCACUGACCACCGAUCAGCAUCUCGGCCAAGAUGCAGUCUCAGUCUCCGCAGCAGCGGAAGCCAACAGACGGAGAUGGCGUCAAGAAGCCAGCAGACGUCGAGUUUGGCAAGGCCAGCCCUUUAAGAAACCCGCUUCAUGGCAUCAAGAAGUCGUCCUCCAACAACAUCUUUCUCCCCAAGUCGCGACCUCAGCAAUCGGUCAGGCCGACGAUGGCCCCGCGUAUACCAGGCUACGAAGACGACUCACCACCAGCUCCUAAGUUCUACAUGCCAGGCCAGCUCCCACCUCCAUCGAGUGUGCCAGGAGCGCAGCACCCGAUGGCGCAACAUCACCAGCGCAGCUAUCAACCCGAUGUGAUGGAGAUCCCCAAUCCUGCGAACACGAAUUUGCGUACCGUGCAACCACCACCGAAACCGACCUUCACAUCCACAGGCCACAGCGGCACCUACAAGCCGCUCAAGCCAAUAGGCCGCGAGCCUUCCUUCACUGCCGUCAAUCGAUCUAGCAGGGACGAUGAAGAGCACUUUGAUCCGGACGCCGCCAUCCGCGCUGAGAGCGGCAGAUUCGGCGCCGAGGACCCGUACAUGUACGUGGAUUCAGGCAAAGCAAACGAGAACAUCAAGAACCUGCUCGAAAGUGCGUUCGAUGACGAGGAAGAGAAGGGGAGGACUCGGCUUAGACGGCGCGCAAAGAAGGUAGAGAAAGAGGGGAAAGAGGCUAAGAGCUUCGCUGACAGACUUGCCUCUCUGAGCGUCGAGGAUGAGAAGGAAGAGACAAAGAACGAAGAGGAAGAAGAGGAAGAGGAGGACGGUACAGUGGAAGGCCUUGCCGUGAAGCUGCUUCCGCAUCAAGUCGAGGGCGUCUCUUGGAUGAUUGACAAGGAGAUCGGUAUGAAGAAGACGAAAGGAGUCCUGCCUCACGGAGGAAUCCUCGCAGAUGACAUGGGUCUUGGUAAAACGGUGCAGUCGGUUGCGCUGAUACUUACCAAUCCGCGACCUGCGCCGGAUGCAAAACCGGAGCACCCAAAGCAGAAGCUACCAGGAAAGGAGGUUGGCAAGGGCACUCUGGUUGUGGCUCCACUGGCUCUCAUCAAGCAAUGGGAGUCUGAGAUCAAGACCAAAGUAGCCAAAAGCCAUGCUCUAAAGGUACUCGUACAUCACGGUCCGAGCAGAAGCAAAAGGGCCGAAGACCUGAAGAAAUACGAUGUAGUCAUCACGACUUACCAGACACUAACAUCAGAACACGCCGGAUCCAACAUGAAUGUGCCAGGUGGCGCAAGGAUCGGCUGUAUGGGUGUCCAUUGGUACCGCCUCAUGCUCGAUGAAGCACACACAAUCAAGAACCGCAAUGCAAAGUCAACACAGGCCUGCUACGCUCUGAACAGCUGGUACCGAUGGUGCUUGACGGGCACGCCGAUGCAAAACAAUCUGGACGAGCUUCAAUCGCUGAUCAAGUUCCUGCGCAUCAAGCCUUAUUGCGAAUUGCCCAGUUGGAAGGAGCAGAUUACUCAACCAAUGAAGAGCGGACGGGGAGGUCUGGCGAUGCGUCGACUUCAGUACUUCCUGAGAGCUUUCAUGAAGCGUCGCACAAAGGAUAUUCUCAAGCAGGAAGGCGCACUCAACUUCGGCGGCAAAUCUGAUAAGGACGGCGGGAAGAAAGGCGGCAUGCAAAUAGUCAAGCGCGAGGUGCUCACUGUUGAAUGCGAUCUAGACGAGUCUGAGAAGCAGUUCUACGAUCGUCUUCAAGAGAGAGCCGACAAGCGCAUCCAAGACAUGAUGGAUCCGAACCAUAAGACCGACUACAUGGGUGCGCUUGUGCUCCUGCUAAGACUGAGACAAGCAUGCGACCACCCUCAAUUGGUGGAGAAGUCGAUGAACAAGGACAAAGAUGCGAUGACCACCGGCGUGCCUGCAUCUCAAACGGCCCGCAAGACGAGCGUUGAUGACGAUAUUGAUGGACUUACUGCAUUGAUGGGGGGCAUCACCGUGGAAAGCAAGGUCUGUGAUGUGUGUCAGGUCACGCUUUCGUCUUCGGAAGCAAGAGACGGCGCCAUUCGAUGCUCAGAAUGUGAAGAUGCCCUGGCGGCUGUCAAGGCGAGCAAGAAGAAGUCCCGCACCAAGAAGAAGGAGAAGCAUGGUAAGAAGCCAAAGUCUCGUCACGCGCGCAACCGAAGAGUCAUCGAAGACAGCGACGAUGAAGAAGGAGAGUGGAUUUCAAACGAGCCUGAGCGCAAGGUCGACUUGGGUCCAGCUGGUGGCUCUGACGAUGAGGAUGCCGAAGGCGGCGGAGAGACAUUGGACACAAUCGACUCGGACAGAAGCGAGGACGCGGACUCAAGCAUCGAAGAUUCUCCAGAACGUGCACGUCGGAGCAAGAAGUCUCACCUUGAGAGUGACGACGAAGAUGACGAGGAGGAAGACCAAGACACAGAGGAAGAGGACGAGUCCGACUCCGAAGCUGAUCUUCUCGAAGGCGUUGCACCCAGUGGCAAGACCAAGCAAACACCUUCGACCAAGAUCCGCCAUCUUCUGCGCAUCCUUCGCAAGGAAGCACCCGAGCACAAGACCAUCGUCUUCUCCCAGUUCACUACCAUGCUGGACCUUAUUCAGCCGCAUCUUCAACACAGCAACAUGCGCUACGUUCGUUACGACGGCAGCAUGAGGCCUGACGCACGUGAGGAAUCCCUGAAUGCUCUUCGCAACGAUCCCAAGACACGAGUCCUGCUUUGCUCUCUGAAAUGCGGUAGCUUGGGUCUCAAUCUUACCGCGGCGUCGCGAGUUGUCAUCGUCGAACCAUUCUGGAACCCAUUCGUCGAGGAACAAGCCAUUGAUCGUGUCCAUCGGCUGAACCAGACCGUCGACGUCAAAGUCUUCCGUUUGACCAUCCGCAACACGGUCGAAGAGCGUAUCCUGGAGCUGCAAGAAAAGAAGCGCGAGCUCGCCAAGGCGGCCAUAGAAGGCGGCAAGGGAGUUGGUAAGCUGUCUAUGAAGGAUAUCUUGGGCUUGUUCAAGCGCGAUGCCGAGCAUGGAGGACACGACGAAGAUGAUCGUGAGAUGUGGGCCAAGUUUGGAGGGGAGAGUCGCUUGCUGGAUGGACCUGGGCAUUUGGAUGGUGGUCAUAGCACGAGGGACUCUGGCGAAGGAUCUCGUCCUAGGGCCAAGCUUCACGCGAAGCCGACCCAUUGGGAGCAUGAUGUUUUCGGCCGGAGAUGGUAA